AAGACCCGCUCACGCUGCCAUCAGCAACUGGCAUUGACGCUGACACAGACCAUACUGACGCCAAAAACAUUAACAUAAGACACAAUGCGUCUCCUUAUAUCCGCCAUCUUGCUGUUGUCUGCCAUCUUAUGGUGCGACGCGCAAGCGCAGUACCCGCGUCCACGUCGCCCGGAGCGCUUUGAUACGGCUGAACAAAUCUCCAACUAUUUGAAGGAGUUACAGGAGUACUACUCUGUACAUGGGCGGGGAAGAUACGGCAAAAGGCAAAUGCACAUAGCUGACGCUUCAGUGAUAUUCCGAGAGACGCCAUUUUUCGACCAGGGCAUGAAUGAGGGACCCCUAUUCAAUAAACUUGGCAAUAAAUAAAUUAAUUGUCCAAGUAAAAUAACAAAAAACACGCCGCGGUGACUGACUGGAAACGAAUUUGCAAAAACAAUAAACAUUCUUUUUCUUUUCGAUUCUAUUUUUGAAAUGCUGGGUCCGUUCAUUUUGGAAUUUUAAUAAUUAAUUGCCAUUGUAUAAGUAUUUUUGUGAACAGGUAAAUAGAUUUCAAAUUAAAUAUUAGACGAAUUUUGCAGUUCUAGGAAAUUGUGUUGUACUUCCUUGACUUUGGGCGUAAAAAUACUUCACUAAUUUUCAAAUGUUAUGUUAAGUGUAGAAAUUACAAUAGUAUUUGUACCAAAAUCCUUUUCAAAUACGUUUUUUUUAAUUCUGCAAGCCAAUCUCAUUCUAGUCAAUUCAGAAACAAAUCCGUCUUCUAAAAUCUAGUCAAUUAUUAACGUUCUAGUGUCGAUGAAUUUUAUGUUUAAUUUUAAAGAAACUUUAACAACGUCGUCGUCCAUUUUUUAUUUAAUGCAAAAGAUGUAUUUAAAAGUUUACCUAUAAGUAAUAUUUAGCUUUAAAUCUGGUGAUAGCUUGAACUGUAAUAUAUUGUCGUUGGCAAUAUUGCCUAACCUAGAAUCA